CCGCCGUACUGGCCCCCGGAGAGGUUCGGCGGCUGAGGGCAAGAUGGCGGCGACCCUAGUGCUGGCUGCCGGGCUGCGCGUGGCGCGCAGGGCGGUGGCGCUGGCGGGGCCGCGGGGGGCGCAGGUCCGAGGAGCUGCAGGUGUGACUGAUGGGAAUGAAGUGGCCAAGGCCCAGCAGGCAGCGCCUCAGGGAGCAGCCCCAACUAUCUUCUCCCGGAUCCUGGAUCGAAGCCUCCCAGCUGACAUUUUGUAUGAGGAUCAGCAGUGUCUCGUAUUCCGUGACGUGGCCCCUCAAGCUCCUGUGCACUUUCUGGUCAUUCCUAAGAAGCCCAUUCCUCGGAUUAGCCAGGCCGAAGAAGAAGACCAGCAGCUUCUAGGACACCUUCUCCUUGUGGCUAAGAAGACAGCAAAGGCUGAAGGGCUGGGAGAUGGAUACCGACUUGUGAUCAACGAUGGGAAGCUGGGCUCACAGUCUGUGUAUCAUCUGCACAUUCAUGUACUUGGGGGGCGACAGCUCCAGUGGCCUCCAGGUUGAAUCUACCUACUGACCAAGAACCCCAGACCUGGAUUCUUGGGGGGCGGGGGGGAAAGGGACCCUAUGAUGCUAAUAAACUUGUUCUCCCUCGA